GCUCCAAACAUACUUGUCCUCUCUUCUGGUGCACACGUGUUGGAAGCAGUGCAGAGCAGUCCUGACCUAAGUGAGUCAGUCCAUCAGUGUGCCUGCUCAAAACCAGCAUCUGCGCAUCCGCAGCCUUUAUUUUCGGACGCAUACACUCCUCAUGUGGACUCUUCAGGAUAAGAGGAGCAUUCUCGGCUUUACAUUCUUGGAAUAUUCAAUCUAAUGCUGCAGAGGGCAGGUUAAAAUUGAGGAGCCAGUCUAGCCAAAAGGAGGUUUCAUCGGGAAGAAUGGCAGGAUUUACUCCCAUUUUCGUUCUCUUGGCACUCCUCGCCACUUGCGUCUCAUCCAGCAGCAAGUCAAAUGUGCCGCGCCUCAGACUCUCCUAUAAAGAUCUACUGUCCACCAACAGGUCUUCUAUCUUCAGUGGGCAUCAUGGCCAACUCUCACUCUCAACCGUCUAUCUGGAUGAGUACCGUGACCGUCUCUUCCUGGGAGGCAAAGACGUCAUGUACUCUCUCCUCCUGGGACCAGGCAGGAGCGAGUCCAAGGAGAUAUAUUGGCCCCCAUUGCCUGGCAACCGAGAAGACUGCAUUCAAAGGGGGAAGGAGCCACAGACGGAGUGUGCCAACUUUGUGCGCCUCUUGCAGCCAUACAACCGAACUCACCUCCUGGCCUGUGGCACUGGCGCAUUCCAUCCAAUGUGCAGUUUCAUCUAUGUGGGCCACAGAGGAGAGCAUGUCUUCACUAUGGACCCUAAAAAUGUGGAGAAUGGACGAGGGAGGGUCCCGCAUGACCCCAGCCUUCCUUUUGCAAGCACCUUCAGUGGUGGAGAGUUAUUUACAGGACUGACGGCGGAUUUCUUAGGGAGAGACUCUGUGAUCUUCAGAAGUAUGGGCGAUCGCUCCACCAUGAGGACAGAGACUGACCAUAAAAUCCUUCAUGACCCCAAGUUCGUGGCAGCGCACCUCAUUCCAGACAGCGACGAUCGAGACGAUGACAAGGUGUAUUUCUUCUUUACCGAGAAGGCCACGGAGGCAGGAGACAGGGAGGAGGCCAUUCACACACGUGUUGGACGAAUGUGUGCGAAUGACGUUGGAGGCCAGAGGGUGCUGGUGAAUAAGUGGAGCACCUUUAUCAAAGCCAGACUGGUUUGUUCUGUCCCGGGACCUCAUGGCAUCGAUACGCAUUUCAACCAACUGGAGGACAUUUUCCUGCUCAGAGGAAAGGAUGUGAGGAACCCGGAUAUUUAUGCAAUCUUUAGUACUAUCAGUAACGUGUUCCAGGGUUUUGCUGUCUGCGUAUAUCGCAUGGCUGAUAUCAGAGAGGCCUUUAACGGACCAUUUGCUCAUAAAGAGGGACCAGAUUACCAGUGGGGUGCCUAUGAAGGCCGGGUGCCUUACCCCAGACCAGGAGUAUGUCCCAGUAAAAUCACCAACCAGCCGGGCAGGGAGUUUGCCAGCACCAAAGACUUCCCCGACUACGUACUCCAGUUUGCCCGCAGCCACCCGCUGAUGUGGCGGCCGGUGCAACCCGCCUUGCGCCGCCCUGUGCUGGCCAAGGCCAACGUUCCUUACAAGCUCAAGCAAAUUGUGGUGGACCGCGUUGAGGCAGAGGACGGGCAGUAUGACGUUAUGUUCCUCAGCACGGACGUUGGUACCGUGUUGAAGGUCAUCGCCCUUCACGGAGGGAACAGCCUGGAAACGGAAGAGGUCACGUUGGAGGAGCUUCAAGUUUUCAAAGUGCCAACCUCAAUUACAUCAAUGGAUAUCUCAGUCAAAAGACAAUCCCUGUAUGUGGGCUCCCCAGCCGGCGUGGCUCAGGUGAAGCUUCAUCGUUGUGAGACCUAUGGCAAGGCUUGCGCCGAGUGUUGCCUGGCCAGAGACCCUUACUGCGCCUGGGAUGGCUCGUCCUGCGCUCGAUACGUCUCCAACAGUAAACGUCGCUUCCGAAGGCAGGACAUCAGGCACGGAAACCCGGUGCUGCAAUGCUUGGACCAGAGUUUUAGUGAGGACCUGGAGGAGAUGGAGGACCGGGUGGUGUACGGCGCAGAGAACAACAGCACUUUUCUGGAAUGUGUUCCUCGCUCCCCACAAGCUUCUGUUAUAUGGCUGGUCCAGCGUGAAGAUCGCAAGGAAGAGGUCAAGAUGGACGAUCGGGUCAUAUUUACAGAGCAGGGGCUGCUCUUCCGUCGCCUCCUCAACCAAGAUGCCGGCAUCUACAUCUGCCGUUCCAGAGAGCACGGCUUCACCCAGACACUCGCCCGACUUAGCCUUGAAGUCCUCCAGGGCGACACCUUGGAUGAGUUGACGGCACGGGACAACACUGGCCUUUCUGACCUACUUAAAGAGAGAUCGACCGGAAGCUACAGGAACUGGAUGCCGUGUAGCACUUACAGCAGGUUGAGUCCGAUCGGCCAGUCGCGUAUGUGGUUCAAGGAUAUCAUGCAGACGAUCGGUCCGUCCAAUCUGCCCCAUGUGGAGGAGUACUGUGAGAGGAUGUGGAGUAACGAGAAGCUGAGGAGGAAGCACAAGAGCAUGGUGGAGAAGUAUCGGCAGGCUCAGGAGAGCGCCAGGAAGGCACGCAGCAAGAGUUCCAGUGAGCGGAACCGGACACCGCGGGACCUUAGUGCAUGGCAGGAGUGAUGGGUAGAAAACUUUAGGAGGGGAACUAUAAAAGAGAAAAGAAAGACAAUUUUGGGACAGGUGGACCAGGAUAGUUGGAGUCGGAUUUAUGAGAACAUAGAAGAUAGAGUGUAGAUGCUUGGUUCUGGUUAUCACUCCCCAAACGGAUGUCGUGGUCUGGAGGAAAGACCUGAACACGAUGGAAAUGUGGAGACAAUGUUUCAAAUACUCUUUCAUGGUGUCUGUAAAUUUAGCACGUAUCAGAUGUUAAGCGGACAUCCCCCCCAUUUCCCCCCCCCCCCGCAAACUUUUUUUUUUCAUAUUUACCGUACAUGCCUCCGGGUAAGUUUCAACAGUGCACAUUCUAUCCAUGAGUCUUAAGUGGACAAUAUACAUAUUGCCUAUGUCAACAUAUAGCAUUGGAUUUCUUCACUAUGUAUUUAUGGGCCACGCCCUUGUUUUGUUAUUUCACUUGCCGGUCCAGUUCUGUUUAAGAUCAGCACCGUCUCCACUUUAUGUUAACCCAAAAACACUGACAUCGUUAGCUCAACUAGCUAAUACUGAAAGUAACACAGAAACGACAUGUUGAUGGUUCAACAGAUUAUGAACACAUUGCUUUGUUUUCGCUACUGAGCACUGAAGUUUCCAGGGAUGGAGCCAGAAAUUGGAAAUCCUUCUUCUUUAAUCUUUCACUCAUGCUGAAAGAGAUUCACUUCAUCUUAUUUGGUUCAAUAUGGUACGCAAGGUGACAGGAUGACAGAUGACAGGACAAUGCAAAGCCAAGCAACUACUCAUGAAAAAAAAUGCUCUCCGUUGUCUUACUUUCCAUGACUGAUUUUUAUAUCCAUGCAUUAAACUAACUUUUAAAAUGUCACUUGUUUCUUUGUCAUCAACAUAAUUCAUUAAUUGAUCCAUUGGUGUAAUGUGUUGAAACGGUUGCCAGAAUUGUCUUUGUUUAAUAGAAAUAUUCAUAUGUAUUGUUUCUUUCAUGGACAAGUAGAGAUGACAUUGUCAGAAAUAUCAACUGUCGCUCCCUGACAUGCUUUCAUUGUGAUAGUUACUGCUUACGCGUAUAUGUGUAUUUAUAGAUACAUGCUCAAAUCUGGAAGCUCUCUCACGGCUUAGGAACUGGAAGAUUUUAUUAUUUAAAAUUUCGGUCAUUCACACAAUUAUUCAUUUUAAGGCGCGGUCUGUUUUCACCGUGGUCCCAGCACACUAAAGCACGUUUGACACUUGCAGUGUUUGUUUUCCUUGUCUGGGAUACGGUGAUGCUGACUAUUAGACUCCAAUUAAGGUGUUUUCUCUGCAAAUAUUGCUCCUUUAGGGGGGGAAAGGGGACUGCUUGACAGGACGGUGAAAGAUAAAAUGUGAUGUUCUGAAAUGAGCCGAAUUGCCAAAAUUAUUUUACCUUAAAAUGUGUCACAAAUGGGUGCCAGUUGUUAAACUGUCCCAGAUGCAUCUAUACAGAAGGUCAAUUUACAACCUCUGGUGGUUUAUUUGUUGAGAUAACUUGUAUGUUUUGUCCGUCCUUUGAUUUGUAUUCGUCCAGCGGUGCUUUUGAAGCUUUUGUUGUUUUUAUAAGGACUAAAUAGUGGUCUUUUUUUUUUUUUUUACUGAGCCGAUUUUCAAAAAUAUAUAUCGACAUCAUUUGAAAAAAUUGACUGUCCAUAAAAAUGCAUUUGUAUGCUCUUAAGUGCCACAGGUGAUGCUGGAGGAUGGUAAAGCUUUUAGCCAAUCAGAACCCUGGAAAAAGUCGAAAUGGUAUCGGGAGAAAAUACUCAAUCACAUCAGUUCAGAAAACGAAAAGCAAACAAGCCAUUGUAUUCACAACUCACUAAAAAAAUUGAGAUCCGUGGUCAUGUGAUAAUUGAAAAUCUGAUUGCUGAAGCUUAUGUUUUACGUAAUAGAAGGCAACAACUACAAAUGUUCUGUCUCUAAUUGUUAAGCAUGAGCUGACUGAGAUAAGUCACGUGCUUAAGAAUGAACAUUGUUAAUUGCAUAUUGCUGUAAGAAUUGCUAGCGUGCAUUUUUGUGAGUACAGUAUUUGUGUAUGUAAUAUACGAUGUAACCCUUUAAGUAUUAGUAUAAAACAAUGUUGAGACCAUCUACCAUUUCCCCCUUUUUUUUAAAUAGAAAAAGGAAAGCACCCAAUUUACUGCACUUUUAGCCCACUUUCUCAUAAUGUUUUGCUAACUCUUCAAAGUGAGCAUUCAAUUGUUUCAUCGUAAGCAAACAGCAAUGAUUUUAUAUUAGUGAAUCAACUAUAGUGAGUUUUUACUGUGUUGUCUUGCCCUGUAGUCGUAUUUGAGGGCCUACUUCCUAUUUACCGGUAAUUCCCGCUUCACUCAGCAUGUCCAUAUACCAUUAAGCUAUCUAAAAGCAUUAAAUGUGGAUUUUUUUUUGUGUGCAGUUGUUAUUUGUGAGAUUGGUUCAAUUAAUUUUUCAUGAACACUGAAAAAAUACAAUGGUACCUUGACAUAGAUAGAUAGAUAGAUAGGUAGAUAGACUCGCUUCUUGUGCUAGCUGCUAGCUAAGUCGCUACUGUCUAUAGAUAGAUUCGUCUCUUGUGCUAGGUGCUAGCUAAGUAGCUACUGCCUGUUUACCUACUAUUUGUGUCACAGUUAAUGUUUGAAAGAAUUAGAAUAAGAAAAAUGAAAAAAAUAUUUGAGAAAUUUUAUUACCCCAGCUAAAUGUUAAGAGUGUGUUAAAAUAAUGUUUUAAUUGUUUGUCUCAGAAUGAUAAACUUCUGCUUUACACUUGUAUGAUGGUUGAUAAUGAACUUAAACAUUGCCUUUACAGUAAAUAAAGAUUUUUAUGAUGGUAA